AUGCGCCUCAGUCCUCUCCUCAUUUCUUUUGCCAUCGCCGCUUCAAGAAGUCUUGCUACGGUCAUCGUCCAUAUACAAGCCUCAGAUUCUUCCCUCUCGGUUGCCGAUGUUGAAGGCCCGCGGAAAACACUGUCUUUUCAGUACGUCGGCGAGGAGAAAUAUUUGCUCGUUGGCACAGACCAGGACACAUUCGGCUUGAACGAUCCGUCGAGGCUGAAUGCCGGCGAUGGCUCCUUUAGGCACACAUCGGAUGGGAUCUAUGUCAAAUGUUACAUAGAGGGCUUUCCAAGCGGGGAUCUCAGCUCUGAUGCGGACUUCGUCGUCACUGAUGGCGAUAAGAACGCCUUUUCCACGGCGUGGGCGCUUGCGAGCUUGUCGGAUUCGAGCGCACACGUUUGCAAGGAGAAGGGCGGGAUGAAGCUACUCUGCGGGCCUCAUAUCAUUGAUAAAAUCGGCAGCGAAGAUUGGCUCACUGAGGGUUACGCACAACUACCUCGGCACGAGCACCAGAUGACAGCCAAUAUGUACGAGUGUGAAGAUUGA